UGUACCAAUUACAUGAAGAAGUUCAUCUUCUAUAAAUAGUCUGCAUGCCUCUUACUCUUACCACAUCCCAACCAACUCACACACUCUCCCUCUAACUGAGAAAGACAAAAUGCAAUACAAAACCAUAACUCGGGACUCGCUCUCAUAUAAUAAGGUGAACAACAUGGGCGUGUUUCCCUCGGAGACUCUUGUUAGGAUAGAGUCCAUGGUGGCUGAAAAUGCGGUGGUUAUAUUCAGCCUGAGCACUUGCUCCAUGUGCCACGCCGUCAAGCGUCUCUUCCGCGGAAUGGGAGUCAGCCCUGCCGUCCAUGAGCUCGACCUCCACCCUUAUGGCGUCGAUAUCCACCGAGCCCUCCUUCGCUUCAUUGGCUGCUCCAGCCCCGCUUCCCAGGGGCCACUUCCGGUGGUAUUCAUCGGUGGGAAGAUGGUAGGAUCAUUGGAGAGAGUGAUGGCUUCACAUAUCAACGGCUCACUCGUUCCUCUUCUCAAAGAUGCUGGUGCUCUCUGGCUCUGACCCCAUGUCCACCUUCUUCUUCUGUGUUUUCUUUUCCUUUUUUCUUGUUUGUUACUUUUUUUU